UUUUGCUGUGUAAAUGUAUUUUCUUUAUAUUUUGGCAAAAAAUAAAUCGAAAGCAAAAAAAGGAAAGUCGCUUUUUAAAAUUAAACACGAUUCUACAAAAGAAUUUCCUUUUCCAGAUAAUUAAAAAAUAACAUAUACUUCUGCAGCUGUAUCAAAACUACAAAAUCUUUAAAUUUACAAAAAAAAUUAUAUAGAAAAUCAACAGAAAGAAAUUUUGCAAAAAAAGUCCACAUACAAUUAAAAAAAAAAGCAUUAGAAGCCUGAAACCUCAUCUACGCAUAGACGACAAGCAAGACACAUACCACGGAGAGUAUAGUGAACACCCCAUUGCAAAAAUUUCGAAAAAAAUAAAAUACAACAAAUUGGGAAAAUCCUAUAAAGGGGAACAAAUUUAGUUUGGCAACAUCUCUAAAACAGGAAGACAUAUAGAACUAACAACAAAAAAGUGUAUAAAAAAAUUGUAAAACAUGAUUAAAUUAUUCUCAUUGAAACAGCAGAAAAAAGAAGGUGACCAAACGGGCAAGAGUGGUGGUCAACAAAAGAAAGCAUCUGCUGCUCAAUUGCGUAUACAAAAAGACAUCAACGAACUCACCCUGCCAAAAACAUGUGCUACGGAAUUUCCCGAUCCUGAUGAUUUGCUCAAUUUCAAAUUGAUCAUCUGUCCCGAUGAAGGUUUCUAUAAAGGUGGACGUUUUGUAUUCAAUUUCCGCGUUGGUCCCAAUUAUCCCCACGAGCCGCCAAAAGUUAAAUGUGAAACUCAAGUUUAUCAUCCCAACAUCGAUCUCGAGGGUAAUGUUUGUUUAAAUAUUUUACGUGAAGACUGGAAUCCGGUAUUGACAAUUAGUUCGAUUGUAUAUGGUUUGCAAUAUUUGUUUUUGGAACCGAAUCCUGAGGAUCCUUUGAAUAAAGAAGCCGCUGAUGUUUUGCAAACAAAUCGUCGUCUCUUCGAGCAUAAUGUGACAAAGGCUAUGCGUGGUAAUUUUGUUGGUGUAACAUAUUUUGAAUGCUGCCUCAAGUGAUAUAGAAAAUCAAAGGUUUUUACUUUAAGAAAUGGCGUCUACCUUUUGGCCAUUUUAUUGGGUAUUGGUGGUCGCUUAUAUAUUAAUUUAAUUUUUCAAAAUAAUUAAUAAUGCAACUUAAAUACAACAAAAAACAACAACAAAGAAUAAAAAUUUAACAAAAAGAAAUAUUUAAGCUUCAAAUUUUUUCUUU